CAGAGCCUCUUGAUAUGAAGAUGGCUGACUCUCAGGACAAUGCUCUGAGGAUUGUUCUGGUAGGGAAAACUGGAAGUGGGAAAAGUGCAACAGCAAACACCAUCCUCGGAAAAAAAGUAUUCGCUUCUAAAAUUUCUGCCCACGCUGUUACCCAGACCUGUCAAAAGGAAUCUCGAGAAUGGAAGGGCAGGGACCUUCUUGUUGUUGACACCCCAGGGCUCUUUGACACCAGGAAGAGCCUGGAGACGACCUGUGAGGAAAUCAGCAAGUGUGUCCUCUACUCCUGCCCCGGGCCUCACGCCAUCGUAGUGGUUCUGCAGCUGGGCCACUACACAGAGGAAGAGCAGAAAACCGUUGCAUAUAUCAAAGCUCUCUUUGGGAAGGCAGCCAUGAAUCACAUGAUCAUCUUGUUCACUCGCAAAGAUAGUUUGGAGGAUCAGAGCCUAAGUCACUUUAUAGCAGCGGCGGAUGUGAAGCUAAGAAACAUCAUCCAGGAGUGUGGGAACCGCUACUGCGCCUUCAACAACAGAGCAGACGAAGCUGAGAAGGAAGCUCAAGUGCAGGAGCUGGUGGAGCUGGUGGAGAAAAUGGUGCAGAACAAUGGAGGGGCUUACUUUUCGGAUGCCAUGUACAAGGACACAGAGGAAAGGCUGAAACGACGGGCAGAGGACUUGAAGAAAAUCUACACUGAUCAAUUAAAUAAUGAAAUUAAACUAGUAGAACAGGAAUAUGCUGAUAAACCACAGCAAGAAAAAGAGGAAAAAAUUAAAUUACUAAAGAUGAAAUAUGAUGAACAAAUAAAAGAUAUAAGGCAAGAGGCUGAGCGUAGUAUAUUCCAAGAUGUUUUUAAUCGGAUUAUGAUGACGCUUUCAACAAUAUGGCAUGUGUUUUGGAAGUAAUGUAAAUUUCAUAUUUUUUUCUUAAUUUACUAUGAUUGUUAAUGUAGAGGAUUAUAAUUUCCAAGGAUGGCUACAAUAGUAUCUUCUAUCCUACUUAUUCUUUUUACAAUCUGACCUUGUUACUUCUUCCAUUGAGUUAUGGGAUCUGUGUCCCCUACCCUGAAAUUGGAUGGACUUUGUGACUGCUUUGAUAAAUAGUGGAUACGUGAAGCAACACCAUGUGACUUCUAAGAUUCGAUAGGAAAAUUGCAUCCUUGCUCUCUUGGGGUGCUUGCCCUUGGAACUUGGUCACCGUGUUAUGAGGGAGCCCAAGUUGCCCGUUGAGAGGCCUACAUGCAGAGGAUUUGAAGUCACUGACCCACUCCCCCGGCUGAUCUUUCAUCUGCCAGCCAUGGAAGUGAGGCAACACAGACGUGAGUUCUCCAGCUGCUGACAGAGCCAUCUCUGAUGAAGUUGCAAAGAGCAAAGAUGAGCCAUCCCCACUGAGUCCUGCCUAAAUUGCUGAUUCAUGAGAAAAAUAAAUGAUUUUUGUUGUUUUAAAC